UUGUUUCUGAGGGAAAGAAGAUCACCACUGAUGUUGCAGUGUACCUGGUCAAGGCUGUGCUCAAAGAAAGAGGCGUUUUUGCUGUUACAACUUGUGCAACUGUUCUAAGCUUAAUGGCCAUGGCUUUUAGCUUUUAAUAUAGAGUCCUCCUCCCAAUUUCUUCAAGCAACAGUCAAACAUGGAUGAAGAAGACUCCAGCACUCUUCUUGAAUCUCCUCUGAUUCAUGAAAAGGGUCAUGACCUUGGUGGUGAACUGACCAAGAAAUGUAGUCAGAUACCAGAGACUAUUGCAGAGCUCAAACUGCAACUGAAGUUGGCAGGCCCUCUGGUUAUGGUUAAUUUUUUGCAGUACAGUCUACAGAUGAUAUCGGUCAUGUUCGUAGGCCAUCUUGGAGAACUUUCCCUUUCGAGUGCCUCUCUGGCUACUUCAUUUGCAGGAGUGACAGGUUUCAGCUUCAUGAUGGGAAUGGGAAGCGCACUAGAAACAUUCUGUGGACAAGCCCACGGAGCAAAGCAGUAUCAUAUGCUUGGCAUUCACAUGCAGAGAGCUAUGCUUGUGGUUGUGCUACUGAGCAUUCCUAUAUCAGUCCUCUGGGCCUACUCGGGGUACAUUUUCACUAGAUGUGGACAAGACUUGGAGAUUUCAGAACACGCGGGGAUAUAUGCUCGUUGGUUGAUCCCUAGCAUUUUCCCUUAUGGCAUCCUCCAGUGCCAACUCAGGUUCUUGCAGACUCAAAAUAGUGUAAAGCCAUUGAUGAUGAUCACCGCCUUCACAAGUUUAGUUCAUGUCUUUGUGUGUUGGACUUUGGUUUUUCGGGUUGGAUUUGGUAACAAAGGUGCUGCUCUGUCCAACACCAUCUCUUAUUGGAUCAAUGUACUGAUUUUGGCUAUUUAUAUCAAGUUUUCGCCUUCAUGUCAAAGGACUUGGACAGGAUUUUCUAAGGAGGGUAUGAAAAAUAUUGUCGGAUUUCUUUCAUUAGCUAUUCCUUCUGCUAUUAUGUUAUGCUUGGAAUACUGGGCAUUCGAAUCUUUAGUUCUCAUGUCCGGUCUUCUUCCCAAUCCAAAGCUAGAGACCUCAAUGAUGUCAAUCAGCUUUAACACAUGUGCAGUGGUCUUCAGAAUCUCAUUUGGUUUAGGCAGUGCAGUAAGCACGAGAGUUUCAAACGAAUUAGGAGCAGGGAAACCACAUGCUGCACGACUUGCAGCCCGGGUUGUGUUAUUCCUGGCUGUUGCAGCAAGCUUCCUAGUUGGCUUGGUUUCAGUUGCAGCAGGAGACGUUUGGGGCUAUGUGUACACCAAUGAAGAGGAAGUUGUCAAAUACUUGGCUUCUGUAAUGCCAGUCCUUGCCACUUCCAACUUCAUGGAUGGAAUUCAAGCUGCACUCUCUGGCAUAGCAAGAGGAUGUGGUAGGCAGAAGAUUGGUGCAAUUGUGAAUCUAGGAGCAUAUUACUUUGUGGGCAUUCCUUGUGCAGUUAUCUUAACUUUUGUUUUCGACUUUCGAGGGAAGGUAAGAAUGGUCUUUGGAUGGGAAUCAUUAGUGGGAUUAGUGUGCAAGCAUUGUUGCUUUUAGCUAUCACCAUGCGCACAGAUUGGGAGCAACAAGCAAGGAAGGCUAGGGACAGAGUUAAUUGUUCCAGCAUCCCCAUUGAUAUGGCAUGAUCAUGAAGAUGUUUAAGCAGCAUCCCUUUCAAAAUGUACACUAUAUUCCAUAAGACCAGUGAUUAAAUUAAACUUUGUGUGUUAACCUUAAAUGCUACUCAUUUCAGACAUGCAUAUAUAUGAUGCUCAUAUGAAAUGACAUGGGAAAUUAGAUGAGCUGAGACUAAUGGAAAAAAAAAAAAAUCCUGGUAAAUAAUGUAUGAUUUAUAGAAAUGUGAUUAUGACACCUCUUUGUUUAUA